GUAAAGCUCACUCAGCUAUGCUGUGGUAAUUCACAAUCUUCAAAUACUAAGCUACGGAUCUAAGUAAGGUUUGUGAUAAAGAAUGGAGACUGUGUCUACUUCAUAUAACCAAGUUUAUGAAAAAAACUUUGAUGCAAGGAAAUAUUUGGACAUGUUCUAUGGUAUGGACCCCAAAACCCAGGAAAUUGAUGAAGAGUCAAUAUUUUUGUUGACAUUUCUUAGUAAUGUAUUUUCUUCAGGUCGUGUUAAAGGUCAUAGUCUCAUUGAAAUUGGUGCUGGUCCCUCCAUACAUAAUAUACUGUCCGCAUGUGAAGUUUUUGAAAAGAUCUAUCUGACUGAUUAUUUCCAAGGAAACCUACAUGAAAUUGAGAAAUGGCUAUAUAGUAAAAAUGAUGCUUUUGAUUGGUCUCCCUACUUGAGAUUUGUGUGUGACCUUCAAAACAAUCGAUCAACUCUGAGGGGGAAAGAGGAGAAGAUAAGAAGAAUGGUCUCUCUCAUGAAGUCUGAUGUCACCUUGAGCAAUCCACUACAUCCUAAUUCUCUUCCUUUAUCAGACUGUGUGUUAGUUGCCGGCUGCCUUAUAUGUACCUGCAAAACUUUAACAGACUUUAAAAUUUCUCUUAAGAACGUUGUAUCUCUGAUCAAACCAGGAGGACAUCUGAUUUUUAUUGAUUACUUAGGAGCUUCAUAUUACUGGGUUGGAGAGGCAAAGCUUCCACUUUUGUCACUUGAUGAACACUUUGUCAGGGAAGCAGUGGUGGAGAGCGGGUGCAAAAUUGAAACGUUUCAAUUGUUUAAAGAUUUUCAUUUUUCACGGGAGUUAUUUGAUUGUAAAAAUGUAUUCAGCCUUCUUGCCCAAAAACUUUAAGGGAUAUGGAAAAAUCAAGGCAGACAUUUUUGAGGUCAUUUAUCAAACUGGUGUAUGGUAGAACUGGCUUUUAGUUGCCCAUAGCAACCAAUUAGAUUCCAACUUUAAUUUUCCAAGGGAGCUGUCAAAACUGAAAGAUGGAAUCUGAUUGCUAAUGGAAACUAAGUUCUACUAAACACCAGUUCGAUAAAUGACC